AUGUCGAACUCGAACCGAGAUCUCGAGCUAGGAGCUGAAAAGAAGAGACCCUGGAAAGCCGACAACCAUUACUACGCCGCGGCGACCACCUAUGUGGAGGAGGAUGGCGAGUGGACCCCGUGGCUGAUCCCCAUGUUCAUCUUGGCCAGCGUCGUGCUCUUCGUCGCCGUCAUGUACGUCAACGACUGCCCCGAGAAGAGCUUGCGCACCUACGGCGGCUGUGUCGCCAAGUUCCUGGGCCGGAUCUCGUUCCAGCCUCUCAAAGAGAAUCCUCUCUUCGGUCCCUCUUCUUCUACAUUGGACAGGAUGGGGGCUCUGGACUGGAACAAGAUAGUGCACCAGAAACAAGGUUGGAGACUGAUCACUUGUAUGUGGUUGCACGCCGGCGUCAUUCAUCUGCUUGCCAACAUGUUGUGCUUGGCCUUCGUUGGCAUCUGCCUCGAGCAGCAAUUCGGCUUCGUGCGGGUGGCGACGAUCUACCUAUUGUCUGGAUUUGGCGGAAGCAUUCUUUCUUCGCUUUUCAUUCAGAGCCGAAUAUCAGUCGGUGCUUCCGGUGCUCUCUUCGGCCUCGUAGGAGCCAUGGUUUCCGAGCUCAUCACUAACUGGACCAUCUACACCAACAAGGCUGCAGCUCUUUUCAUGCUGAUCAUCAUAAUAGCGCUCAAUUUAGGACUCGGAGUCCUUCCUCACGUAGACAACUUUGCCCACAUCGGCGGGCUAUUGACGGGCUUCCUUCUCGGCUUCAUCCUCCUCGUUCGCCCCCAGUUCGGGUGGGUGGAUCGUCAGUACCUUGGAGCUGAGGCUCAUGCCAAGAAGUCGAAGCACAAGGCUUACCAGUACUUGCUGUGGCUUCUUGCCCUUGUUCUAUUGAUCAUCGGAUUCAUAAUCGGGCUGGUGAUGCUGUUUAAAGGAGAGUCCGCGAAUGAUCAUUGCAGUUGGUGCCAUUACCUGAGCUGCGUGCCGACGUCAAAAUGGCACUGCGGGAACCGAUGAAAUCUGCAGAUGAACUACCAUUCCUUGUCAUCGAUCUCCCGUGCUUUUUUUUUUUUUCUCUUUCCAUGAAUGUUCACCAUAUGUUGAUUGGACUUGAUUAUAAUGCAAAAAUUUGUCAUGUAAA